ACGGAAUCCAUUCUACUGGCCGUGGAGCNNUACACCGACGGCAACAUCGUACGUGAAGGCUACGUUGGCGAGUCCUCAAAGCCCGAGUACUCCUCCGGUCGUGGAGGCAUAACAANNGGUGCCGGCAACAUCGUCGAUUCGCCCAAGGUCAGACCAGUCAGCGACAAGAGUUCUGCUUCCGAAGACGUGAUCCCCGAGCCCGCCAUGCGCAACGCUGCCGGCUACGACAAUUUCCACACUGGCGUAAGUGGUUCCAGCCAUCAUCUAUGGUACCCCUGUCUAACCUCACAACCCAGCNGUGGUGGUGAAGGAAACAUCUACAAGGAAAAAUACGGAGGCCACAGCAGCGCACCCGUCCAGGAGAAGGAAGAGAAGCAGCAUGAAAAGGAAAGCUUGGGCGACAAGGUCAAGCAUCUGUUCGGCAAGAAGGACUAG